UUUCACUCUCUCUGAAUGACUGCAGGACUGAAGACUGUAAUGGAUCAUCUGGACAAGAAAAUGAACCUGCUACUUAUUUACACCUUGUACAUGAUUACAGCAGCUCGAGUUGGCUGUAAACAACAAACAGUGACUGGAUAUGAAGGAGGAAGUGUGAUUAUAAAUUUUGGUUAUAAUGCUCAGUACAUCAAUCACACAAAAUCCUGCAGUAAGUUAGAAGGACAGAAUGGCCAGAACAACAAUUGUCAGGAAAAGAAAUGCGAUCUUGAAGGAAAAUACUUUGCAGUGGACGACACAUCGACCAAAACUUACAGCAUGAUGAUUAGAAAUUUAAGCAUGGAGGAUGAAGGAACGUACACAUGUGGAGUGAAAAACCAAAGUAAAGUAAACAAGUAUAUCGUGAGACUGGUUAUAAAAGAGCUUGCAGUUGUUUCGGGUCACUAUUAUAAAGAGUCACGAACAGUUCAUCCUGGAGCUGUUGUUACCUUCAACUGUACUUAUCCAAAAAACCUUGAUGGCAUAAAAAGUGUGUACAAAGUGACCAGUCAGGGCAUCUACCCCAUCACAUUCACUAAUUUAGACCAUGAGAUGUAUGAUAUUCAUGUCUCCGUUAGCGACAGAGUCAUCAAUGUGAGCAUCAGCAAUGUGACGGUGAAAGAUGAAGGACUUUAUCUGUGUGGAAUAACAAUAAUGAUAAAUAAUUAUUCUUCCUAUGCAUCCAUCUUCUGUGAAAUGCAACUUCACGUAACUGACCUUGCUGGACAACAUACAGAACCUGCAAGCACACCCUCUCCAGGAUCUUCAAACAUCUUCAUCACUGUGUAUGUCAUUGUGGCUCUGCUGCUGAUCAUAGGAGUUGUGAUGAUCUUCUACAAACGAUGUUCCAGGAAGGUGAAAGGAGAUUCCUCGCCAGUCGAUGGAGGAAACCCAGUGACCGAAGAGAAUGCCUGUUAUGCCUAUUAUGAGGAACCUAAAGACACACUAGUUGCUGCUGUCUAUGCCAUGGCCCAAAAUCCACAAACUCAUCCCACCUGUCUAAAGAUGUCUGCAGCUUCAUCUCCAAACACCGAUGAUUUUUACAGCAUGGCUGAACUUCCUAAAAUAGAAAUAAACUCCUACGAUUUACCCACUCACCCCUGCAAUUAUUUAAGUACCCCCUCCAAUUUACCAAUUAACUCCUCCGAUUUACCCACUAACUUAUCUGAUUAGUUCACUAACCCCUCCAAUUUACCCUUUAACCCCUCAGAUUUAUAAUCUAACCCCUCCGGUUUGCCCAAUAAACCCUCCGGUAUACUCACUAACCCCUCUAAUGUGCCCCUCAGAUUUAUAAUCUAACCCCUCCGAUUUACCCACCAACCCCUCCGGUUUACCCAAUAAACCCUCCGGUAUACUCAAUAACCCCUCUGAUGUACCCUCUAACCCCUCAGAUUUACAAUCCAACCCUUCCGAUUUACCCAAUAAACCCUCUGGUAUACCCACUUACCCCUCUGAUUUACCCACUAAACCCUCUGGUAUACCUACUUACUCCUCUGAUUUACCCACUAAACCCUCUGAUUUACCCACUAACCCCUCCUGUUUACCCAAUAAACCCUCCGGUAUACCUACUAACCCCUGAUUUACCCACUAAACCCUGUGGUUUACCCACUAACCGCUCCAAUUUACCUAAUAAACCCUUCGGUAUACCCAUUUACCCCUCCUAAACGUUCCGGUUUACUCACUAACUCCUCCUGUUUACCCACUAAACCCUCUGAUUUACCCAAUAAACACUUUGUUUUACCCACUAAAACCUCAGAUUUACCCACUAAACCCUCAGCAACUAAAUACUCUUAUUUACACACUAAUCACUCUCAUUUAUCAUCUUAUUUAUCCACUAAUUUUUGAAUUGUCAGAGGAUGUGGGUGAAGAAUCGAGUUUGUUGUGGUUUUCUGUCUGAUCAAAGUAAAUGACAAAUGUUGCAUGAAUGGUACAGGAUAUUCUACAACGUGUUUAAAAAUCCUAAAGCAAGAAUAUUAGCAUAUUGUUUAAAAACACGACCUUAGAGAAGUUGUAGCAGCGUCGCACAACUGCUUACCUGCUUCACAUAAAACUGACAAUAAAACAUGGAAGUUUUAUGAUUCCGCUAUCUCAAUUUUUAUGCUCCAUCUAUCAC